AUGGCAAACGACUCUAGACCGACCCAGCAUGGCUUUGUCCCCCCCGAUUCAUACCCCCAUUACCCGGCAAUCACACAUCCCAAGGCUCCGCACACCUAUUCCUCGAUGGCGGCUAGCCUAAUGCACAUCAAAAGGGUAUGUAUCAUUACCUAUCCACUUUUCCACCCCCACAUGGCCCUCGAGCCAGUACCACAGUACGUGCCGCUCGUUAUCCUGAUCCUGGGCCACUCUCUAGGAGCAAAGGAGGCUUGCUCAUACGAGUUGCUCGUCCUCCAGUACUAG